UCAAAUACAGUCAAUGAUCUAGUGGGUCUGUCACUGAAUUUCUUCUUUGUUUUGCCCUUCGCAAAUUUGGUUGGGCUUCAUGUGAUUCAAGCACCAGUGCUUCACCCUGUGGCUGAAGGCCUGUUUAAUUUUGUAAUUGGAUGGACUUUCCUCUUCGCUCCGCUUCUCUUCACCGACUGUCGUCGAGGAAGAUUUAAAGGAUCUCUUGACCUCUUAUGGGGAUUUCAGAUGUUUCUCACAAACACUUUUCUAAUACCUUACAUGGCUAUCCGACUCAACAACAUGAGCAGCGUUGCAGAUCAACCACCUCCAAAGCAAUCACAACUAGGCUUGUUAAUGGCGAAUGGUGCAGGACCUGUGGGCUUAAUUGGAGGCAUUGUGUGCUUUGUUUCUGUGAUUUGGGCUCUCUUCGGCCGUGCCGAUAGUGGUUUCGGCGAUUUUGCCAGUCGAUGGCAGUUUCUGGAGCUCUACAUCCAAACAGAACGGCUUGCUUAUGCUUUUAUAUGGGAUAUCUUCCUCUAUGCCAUAUUCCAGCCAUGGUUGAUUGGUGACAACCUUCAAAAUGUGAAGAUAAGUGAUAGAGAGUUAGUGAGUGUUUUAAGAUACAUUCCUGUGUUGGGAUUGGUAGCUUAUCUUCUCUGUUUGGAUAGUGACUUAGAUUUAUAGCAGGACUGCUGGAAAUUUGCUUUAUGUAAGUUUAUUUUGCUACAUUUCUGAAUGGAUGAUCAGUUUUGUGUAUGAUUUAAUAGUCUUCAUUUCACUA